AAUAGUUCAACAUAAGAAAAGGUGACUAACUAAAACUACCAACACUGUUUUAGAAGCCGCAUUAUUGAUAGAUGGCAAUGGGCAAUAUAUUUACAAAGUUUGUGGACGGAGCGCAAGAGGAACUGCUCUGUAGUAUUUGUACCGAGUUGUUUAUUAAAGCCGUCACGUUGUCCUGCUCGCAUACAUUCUGCAAACUGUGUAUUGACCAAUGGCGCAAAUAUGAAGCCGUAUGUCCUAUUUGCCGAUCUCCAAUCAAACACGAAAGCCCAACGAUUGUUUUGGAUAAUUACAUAGACAAGAUUGUAGAGACGCGCUGCGAGAAGUAUAAACACAAUCGAAAGAUUAUCGUGGCAGAAAGAGAAGCACUAGCUAGUUCUCCACCAAACACCAUUUCGAAAGCGAAAAUACAAUGUUCCACACCUGAACCUAUACAAUUUAGGUAUGGUUUAGAAAGUUUAGAACAAUUGUAUGUUUUGGAUCGGUUAUGCUACCAUUGUGGACUAAGCGGACAUCCUUCGAUUGGUUGCUCUUACAGGGAAUGAUCAUUGAUUGGUAACG